AGAGCCCAUCAAGGCCGAGGUAGGCUUGAAAGCUUUUGUUGGGCCAAACCGACAGCCCAAAAGAAAAUUUACCUGUAGGCCGCACGCACGUUGCUCUCGCCUCUCGCAGGCUAAACGCUCCGCGGGGAAGAAAAAUCAACCGCGGGACAGCGAGAAAUAUCCGCGGCUAAUCUCCUCUGCUCGCCGCGCGCCACUUCCUCACUCCUCGCAAGCGGCAGCUCAGCGCCGCCGUCUCCUCCUCCGCCAUGAUCGUUGCCACCGCCACCAUCCCGUUCUUCCCCUCGUUCCACCGCCCGCGGUUCAGGCCCGGCGGCCUCCCGCGCCGGGUUGUGGUCCUCCGGUGCUCGGCGUCGUCGUGGGAGGAGCGCGAGGAGGCGCGGUGGCUGCGCGAGGAGCAGCGCUGGCUGCGGGAGGAGCAGCGGUGGCUCCGGGAGGAGUCGCGGUGGCGCGCCGAGCGCGAGUCCCUCCUCGCCGAGAUUGCCGCGCUCCGCCUCCGCCUCGGCACGGUCGAGGCGGGCCCGCUCCCCCUCCCGUCCGUCGACGCCGCAGUGGCGUCACCAGCACCCUCGCCCGCUGUUGCGGCGGUGCCACCGCCGCCGCCUCCGCCGGCGGCGGCGCCCAGGCCACCGCUGGUGGUGGAGGAGGAGGUCGAGGUGAGGAAGGAGGUGGUGGUGGUCGAGCAGAAGGCGGCCAAGGCGAAGAGCGGCGGCGGCGACGGCGGCGGGAGGAGGACGCUGAGGGUGGGUGCCGAGGGGGAGGACGUGCGCGCGAUGCAGGAAGCAUUGGAAAAGCUGGGUUACUAUUCGGGCGAAGAAGACAUGGAGUUCUCCAGCUUCUCAUCUGGCACCGAACGAGCUGUGAAGACAUGGCAGGCAACAGUACGGGUUUCGGAGAGUGGAAUUAUGACAUCAGAUCUGCUUGACAUGUUAUUUACAGGACAAGUUGGGCAGGAUGUGAAAACAAAAGAUGGCAUAAAUGGAGCAGCCAUUCCCUCCAUAACAGAAAUUGCAGAGAUUCAACAAACUGUUGUGAAAGGAAAUGGUGUCUCAGGAGUAGGGUUGUCUGAAAAUAGAGUGUUUCUCAUCGGUGAAAACAGGUGGGAAGACCCAUCUAGGCUAACACAGAAGAAUAAACCAAUCAGCAGCGCUACCAAUGCAUCAACUAAGAAGUGCAUCUCUUGUCGGGGUGAAGGCCGCCUCAUGUGCGUAGAAUGUGAUGGAACAGGUGAGCCGAACAUUGAACCACAGUUUUUGGAGUGGGUCGGUGAAGAUACGAAGUGUCCAUACUGUGAAGGCCUUGGUUCAAUUGUAUGUGAUGUUUGUGAAGGGAAGACAGUAGCCACGAACUAAGCAACGUGCUGGACCAACAUGCUGUUUCAUUUGUGAACAUCUAUAACAGUUUAUGUAGAUAGAUACUUGCCAAUUAUUCAAGUUCUUUUUCACAACAGUUGAAGAAUAGUAUUCACAUGGCCAGUGUUAGUGCCCUAUACAAAAGGUAGUCACGUUUGAGACAAUUUUGUUUUUGUAUAAUAGGAUAGGAAAUAUUAACGAAAGGUUGACUGCUUUGUCAAAUCAGGCUUGAAAUAUUUGCAUGCUGAUUGUUAGUUCUCA